AUGGAUAUCAUAUCCAAACCGCGUCAAGGUAAAGGAGGAAAUUUCGAUAAUCUAACAAAGCUGAAGCUGCAAAUGUUGAUGGCUAUUGUCCGAAGUGACAAGAUUGACUGGGGAAGUGUUCUGUUCGAACAGUUCUGCGAAAUGGUGGUGAAAAUGAACGGUCGGGUUCAAGCAUACGCCAUGCAGAUCAUACGCCAUGCAGAUCGGAAAGAUCCUGCGGUUCCUUCAAUCGAUCCUCCUUCAUCAAGGCAAGCCGAAUUCUCGGGGAGCCAAGAAACUCAUUCCAAAUCAAAGGAGAAUCCGGCUAAGGAGGUUUGUAUUCACUCCGAAAAUUCUAAGUCUCCAACCAAAAACCUCGACGAUAUAAUCGACGAUGUGGGAUUGAGAACCUCAGAGGGAAACAACGAAGAAAAGGAACCAUCCGAUUCGGUUGGGGACAAAUCUGUUCCAACCGAAUCAAAUCCUCAACUGGCUCAAGAUGGGCCGACAAACCCACCAAUCACACCUGAAGGUCCAUCUCAGGUUAACAAAGGUAAAGAAGUCUUAAUUAAAUGUUCUCCGUUGAGAGGAGAAAGUGCACUGCAAACCGGUCCCGAACAAUCUGAAAUUUUACCCGAAGACGAGGUAGCUAUCUCAGUAGAAGAAGAAGAAGAAAUGUUCCAAUCUUUCAUCCGGGAUAUGAAUAAGGAAGCUGAAGAGUUGGCCACUCCUUAUCAUUUAUGCGUCAGGUUGCGAUGUGAAACAAAGCUUUCCGACAUGAUCCAUGACCUCAACGACAAUGAAUAUUGGGAGAAACUCUUGGCGCUAGAAGAGGAAACUCUCAAGGUCACGGGUACCGAAGUCAUCCAAGCCGCAUACGCUAAAACUCCUAUGAUGGAGGAAUACGCCAAGUUGCAAGCGGUAAAUGAUGCCUUGAAGAAGGCCGAAGGGGCGGAAAUAACUCCGAUGGAGUUAAAAAUGAUUGAGCGGUUUCAGACAGUAAGGGUUGAUCUCGCACGCAAUGUUGACCUGCUAGAGGCAGAAUUGAGAGAGGAGUGCAAAAACCUUCUGCUGCAUGGCGAUCAGUUUCUAAGUAGACCAAUCUUCAAUUCCGUAGAAUCUUCCAAGUCGGCAGAAAACCGGAAAAAGAGGCAUCAGAUGCAUGAAACGGAACAAGAGGAUAACCGGAGCAGAAUCCCAUCGCAGACUGAUCAGACUCUGGGACUUGAUCAAAUAAAGGAGGUUGUUGUUAACACAAUCAUCUCCUCUCUUAACGAGUUCAGCAUCGCCACGGACGCCAAAAUUGCAACCAUUCAAGCCGAUCUAGUUGAAACCGUCCGGGUAUCCAUUCACUCUGAAAUCAUCGAAACGGUUCAAACCUCCAUCAAGACAAUGAUUGACAAGACUGUUAAAACAGCAACCGCUCCCCUGCUUGAAAUGAUGCAAGCUAUGACAGCUCAGAUUGAGGAGUUGUCUAAAUUGCAAGCAGAUAGAACUCAAGAGAAGAUUCGUUUAGAUGCCGAAACAACUCGGAGAAUUCAAGCCGAAGAAGAUGCUAGGGAACAGUUAAGAAAAGAAACCGAAGACAAGGACCACGAGUUGGCUAAGCAAGUCGAUGAGGAAGAAAAGGUCGCUCAACCUGAAUCCACACCAGCACAAGAUUCGCACUCAAUGAAAACAAGGAACAAGAAUAAAAGAAAGCAGAUUCAGAGCUUGCUGCAUCAAGUAGAACAAAGCGAUAUCGAAGAGUCUCAACCGGCUGGUCAAUUCGAGGAACCUCUAUACGAAGAAGAAGAGGAAAAUGCUGCACGAAUCAACCCGCAGAAGAAGAAAGCAGUUGAGUUAUCAACCGCAUCUACAAGUUCCGGUCCGAUCGUUGCCCAAUCAUCUCGCCCACCCAGAUCAGUAGGCGGUGUCUUCCGGUUCAACCAGCGAAAUCCCGGUAUAUCAAGCGUAUUCACCGGAUGGCAAAUUGACGUGGAAAGAAGAGAAAGGGAAUGGAAGGAGAAAGAGGAGGAGGAAAGGCAAAAGGAAAAAGAAAAGGGGGGAUCAUCCAAUCCUUAG